AUGUCAAGUCGGUUCUUCGAUGUGGCCGAGUUAUCAGACGACGACGCUGCCCCUCGUGCAGACCAUGCCAGAGGUUCGACGGACCUUGCCGACUCUGCCGCUCCUGCAGAACGUUCCCAGCCCUCACGGCCUGCAAAGUUUCAGAGGAUGGCUGCUAUAUCCGAGUUGUCGGACGACGACGCCCAUGUCAGGGUGCCCAGGCCAAAGGCUCCUCGUGCAAAGAGUUCACCAAUGCAGCCGGACGUGUUGCGUGCAGUGGUGGCACGUGUGGUCCAAGGUUCCUGCAAACGCAAGGGUCCGGGGGGAUGUAAGCGAAACUGUAUGCUUCAGUUCCGCGACAAGACGGCUGAACUUGCGGCACUGCGGAGAAAGCUCAGAAGCUUGGACAAGCAGGAUAUGGACAGGGAGGUAUACCACAUGCUCCGGUCGCCGCCUGCUGCGGCUGAUCAUGGUCAGACGAAACGCCAGCAGGUUUUGGGUCGACCAGUUUGCGCUCGUGCAUUUGCCAGGCUUGUUGGUGUGGGACGUUCCAGACUUGGUAAGCUGCGCACGGCCGCCAAGAACAAUGCUGGCGUCCCAUAUGACCUUCGGUACGUUUCCAAGAAGCACACCCACAAGCUCUCCGCUGCAACACGUUCCGGGCACGAGAAACGGCAGCUGGUGGUGGAGUUUCUGGAAGAGAUAUCGCAAACAAUGGCGGAGCCUAUGCCAACGGCAAACAAGCCACGAACGGAGCAAGGCGAGAAGCUGUACGAUGGCCCUCCUCGAAAACGACUCCGUUUUCGACCCACAACAGGCAAGAGGCCAAGGCGGCGUGACCUGCCAUCAGCGCGUGUCCCUGACAAAUCACGCAUGAGAAUGCUGCCUCCCGGCACAUUCAGCGACUACCUCAUGCUGCUACAAGCCAAGCAUCCAGACAAGAAGUUCACGCUCAAACUUUUCAACCAAGUAUGGUUGGAGUCUUUCGCCGACAAGCUGGCAAUCCGUCCAGCGUCUGCGCAUGCAAAGUGCUCCAUUUGCGUGAAGCACAAAUGCGUGAUUCGCAAAAUGGGCAACGAUUGCUUACAACGGAAGGCUCAGUUGCGCAUGCUGGCCCACCACCUGCACAAACAGUACCAAGACAGAACGGAGUAUUGGUCAUGCCGAGCCCGAAGCCGCCUACCUGCAACUUCAAAUGGCCUGAAGUCUUUGACGAUUAUCGUGGAUUCCAUCGACCACAACAAGCUCAAGUAUCCCAAAGCACCGUUCCUGGAGGCCAACAAAGACUUUGCCAGCCUGCAGCGCCCGCAUCUCGACUUGACUUGCGCAAUUGCGCACGGGCAUGGCAUUUACGUCUUCGCCUCGGAGCCUCACCUGCCGAAGAACGCCAAUUGGCACAUAGAUGUCAUUGGACACGUCUUGGAGCGCAUCGGCUCGAGGUUCAACCUGCAGGAGACGGAGCUGAUCCUGCAGGCGGACAACACGUCCCGAGAGUGCAAAAACAACGCACUCACCCGGGCGUUGUCCACGUGGGUCUCCGCCCACAAACUGAAGCGGGCUCAGCUUCAGUUUUUGCUCUCGGGCCACAGCCACGAGGAUGUGGAUGCUUUUUUCGCCCUGCUGGCGAACGAGCUACAGUCACAGCUCGACCGUGUGUUGGAGACACCUGGGGACAUCUUGCAAGUUAUCCAGGAAUGGCUUGACAAGAAUCCUCAGGUGCGGCCUCACGAGAAGGAGCGUGUGGUCAUGCAAGUGGAUGCUUCCCGGGAGUGGCACCUUGACGACUGCGUAGCAGGUUGUACUUUUUGUGUUCUGUCAGUGACACAAAUCAUUCUAAGACAAUGCAAGCACAUUGUGCUAGUCUCCAAGAUAGGAUAA